GACCAUGGAAAGCAGCUGCCAUUCAGAGUAGACAACACUGACCUUGAUGAACUGGUGGACUGAUUCAGUAUAAAGCAGCUUCUUGUGUGUUCAUGUGACCUUUAAAGCAUGGUUGGGGAAAGUGCGUGGUCAGAGACCAGGGGCCAAACCAAGAUGUCCCCUCUCCUCAGUUUCUACCACUUGUUGCUGGACAUCAUGCUCUGUGCUUUGAGGAGCAGUUUGGACCUUUGUCUAGUGCUUCUGAGACACCAACAUGACAGAAGGAAAAGAUCUCGGGAAUGGAUCGCAUCUCGCCACAAGGUUCUCCGCUGUGAAGGGAAAAGACGCUCCCGUUACUCGGCCAGGUUUGGACGGAAAUGCCUGAUCAGGUCACAUUGGUAUGCCCUAGCUGAAGUGGGGUUUCCCCGUCGUUGGUGGGUGUACCCCUGCCGCGAGGACUGGUGGGAGAAGUUUGUGGCGGAAGUUUGGGAUGCCGAAAGAUGGAUUGAGAACUUUUGCAUGAGCCGAGGCACACUCUUUGGCAUUGUGGAAGUCCUGAGGCCACGGAUUGAGCGGCAACACACGGUCAUGAGGGCACCGAUAGCGACAGAGAAGAGGGUUGCUAUCACAGUAUGGUGGCUCGCCAACAGGGAAUGCUAUCGCCUUGUGGGCCAGCAGUUUGGGGUAGCCCGUUCCACUGUGGCAGAGAUAGUCUUGGAGGUGUGCUUCGCUAUGGAGCUAGACCUGCUUCGUGCAACAGUGUGCCUCAGGGAGGUGGAUAAGAUUAUGGAUGGCUUUGGACACCUUGGUUUUCCACACUGCAUUGGGGCGCUUGGUGAGACCCAUAUCCCCGUCCGAGCGCCAGUUCGACAGGUUGAGGAGUACAGGAAGCAGUUUUACUCCAUACUCCUCCAGGGGAUAACGGACCACACCGGUCGUUUCAUCAGCAUGGAGGUUGGAUGGAGCAGCCAUAAUCGUAAUGCCCACAUCUUCAGGAGCUCUGCUGUUUGCGUGGCUAUGGAUGCUGGAGUUUUUGUGCCUGGGAAUCCAACUAUCACCAUUGGGGAUGUGCAAAUUCCACCCUUGAUUGUGGCCAGCGGAGGCUACCCAAUACGGCGUUGGCUUAUGAAGCCCUAUGGGGGUCAUGGCAACAGUAAUCGGUCCCUCUUUGACCACAGACUCAGCAAGGCCCAGAGUGUGGUUGAGUGCGCUUUCUGGCGACUCAAGGCCCGCUGGCAGUGUCUGACAGUGCUCCCUGUGGCUGAGGAGAAUGCCACAGCGGUGGUAACAGCCUGUGUGAUUCUGCACAACAUCUGCGAAGAGAGAGGACAUGCUGUCCUGGGAGACUUGUGUAAGCCACAGACUGUAUUUUGCCCAGCAAAUGAAGAAACAUAUGAAUGCAACGAAGAUGCCUGUCAUUCUUCAGCAGGGAACACUGUGCGAGAUGUCAUCUCCACAUUUAUGCAGACAUCCCAGACCGGGCCGUGAACUCAAGAUGUUCCUUUGUAGGAUAACAUAGCCUGAGUAAGCCAGCACUGGAGGCCAAGAUGGAGAAGACCUGCACAGCUACUGUGUAUUUCCCUUUGUCCUGAGAGCCCUUGGGAGGAAACUUAAUUUAGAAGAAGCAGAUAGAUGAAUUCCAGAUGGAUACUACUUUACAAGACUUCCCAUCAGAAUAAUCAAUUAUCUCCACCAGAGUCUACACUGCAAGUUUUGAAAAGUGUAUACUAUCUUAGACUGAAGAUUUUAAAAAGUUUUUUAAAAUUAUUUUAAUAAAUAGGGAAAGAAUACAUUCAUGCAAAAUUAACUAAAAUGGAUCUUAACUUUUAUAAUAUUCUAUAUUUUAAGAGAUCCUUUGAAGUUUUACCAAUACUUUCCACAAAAUCCUUAAAUAUUUGACUAAUUCUAUAAUUUUAAAACACAUUAUACAUGCAGCCCAUGACUUAGUGCAAGAUAUGGAUGGACUGAUGGGUGACAGUGACCACAAUGGUAACAAGCGUAUUCUAUAUUUACAUAGAAAACUUGCACCAAAAACAUGCAAGUGCACCACUGGAGAAGCAAACCAAGGAUUUUGAGGAAUAAAUUGCUAAAAGAAUCAAGACCAACAAGAAAAAUGUGUUUUAAAACAUGUGUUUUAAAGCAGGAAACCAGCUAGAAAGCAAUGGGACCAAGUGAUGAAUAGGGCAUUAAAGAAAUAUUAAAGUUGGA